AUGGAGGACAGCUUCAGGGUUCGCGCAGAUAAAGUGUUUGGCACCCUGGGCAGCCGGAAUACGUUGUCGUCUCUGGACGAGAGUUCUUCCUUGUGGUGCCUCGGGGACGAAGAAAUCGAGAGGAGAGAGUGGAAACGCAGCAGCAAGGAUAAAUACGCUGGAAAAGAUGAAGAUGGCGGCGCUCCGCCCGUUUUUCAGAAAACACUCGGUUUAGAUACUGAGGAUCUGAGUGAUUACGAAGAAGAUGAAACGGAGGACGAUGGGGAGAUUGAUGGUGGUAAGAAAAAAAGGCCUCGGAACAAUAUCACUUGUGCUGAAGCUAGUCAUGAUGACUAUUUUGAUGUUCAAUUAAAUAUUGGUCGCGAUUGCACUCUUGAUUAUGAGGAAGAGGAAGACCAAUAUGAUAAACUGGCGGUUGGCAUGGAGCAGGCCGGUGACCGCCUGUACAUGAGGGACGUGAAAUUUGCUGAUUACAAAUCUCACGAACUUUCUGAAUACAGUGUGAUUCCGGGCUUGUUCCAGGCUGUCGUGAAGGAUCCCCGCGCAAAUCAUGAGGCUGCCAAGAUGAGGCUCAAUGAAGACGCCGAAGACGCCAGCAAGUUUAGCACUUCACAGCCAUCUAAUAGUUUGGCCCCAACAAUAGAAGAGAUUGAAGAUCUUAAACAACAAAGUGAAUCAGGCUGUGAUAAUCAUGAUAAUAAUAAUACCAAAUCGAUCCUCAAAAGAAGAGAGAAUCCGCAUGACUGCCGGUCAGACAAACGUGUCAGGUUUGCAUUUGACGUUAAAAGCUCUAUCCAGGCUCCUGAAGACCAACAGUCAUCAGAGCAUUUUGAGGCCAAGGAUUAUCCACAGGCAUCCAAUCCUUCUAUGUGUGUGCCCGAUUAUCUCAGGAACCCUUCCAAGUACACGCGAUAUUCGUUUGACUCAUCUGAUGAUAUGGACGACCAGUCUAACCAGAAAGCGUACUCAGACCUUUUUGAUACCUUGAGGAGAAGAGAUGUGGGGCCACAAAUGGACAAUAUGCUCGUUGAGACUCCAAAAACUGUGGUGUUUGCACCGAGGAGGAAAAAGGGGGAGAAAGGUUCUGGCGGGACGAGGAUUGAGAGCGAGAAUAGCACGGGAGAUGAUAAUGUUAGGAGCAAGAGGUGGUCGGUUGGUGUGACGGCAGAGAAUGAUCAGGAGGGCGAGGUGUGUGCUAUGGAAGAGGAUGAGCCUUGCAGGGCGGCUGAGAAAGGGGGAAGCUCAGGCAAACUCUGCAGACAAUAUCGGGCAAAGGCUAGUGUUGAUAUCGAUGACGACUUGAAUUGA